UCGUAAUCAAUUCCCACAAAAAAAAUCCCCUUUUCUUUUGCAAACCUGAAUCCAAUCUCCGAUGAAGAAUCGGUUCUACGAUUACUGUAAAUCCAAAUCAACCCUUAGAAAUUGUAAAUUAGAAAAUGGAUAGAUAGAUAGAUACAGAUAUAUAGAUGAAGUAAUUGAAGAUGGAAACUUCAGAGCAUCAAUGCGCACGCGCAGUAUCCUCCCUUUCCAUUGUCGGGCCGGGCUGGGCAAUGUACAUCUCUACAGCCCUCAUCGUCAUGAUCACUGUGAUGACCUCUCGUUGUCGUUAGCGGCCCUCUCUCGUUCUACGGAGCAAAUAAGCUGAAGUUUCAUUGGGUGCUAUUACAAGCUUCUUUCAGGCUAAGGCGCAACUAUAUCAUUACACAGUCAAAGUCGGGAUCGGGACAUUCAAAUCCAAACCACCGUACAAAGAGUACUAUUUGGAAAUGGACACGUGCAGCAGCCUAGUGUGGAUGCAGUGCGAAGGCUGCACAAAAUGCUUUGACCAAACACCGAAGCCAUAUCCCAAGUCAAACUCCUCAUCUUUCCGCCCUCUGCUCGUCAAGAAUAAGCCCACACCCUAUAGGCGUGAGUACCGAGAUGGAUCCAACACACACGGCAUUUUGGCUCGAGAGACGUUUUAUUUCACGUUAAAAACCGGAGGAAUGGCGAAAUUCGAAAACGUGGAAUUCGGGUGCGGUUUGAGCAAUGAUAUGCUGAUGUAUAAGGGGUACAAAAACAAUAAAAUUGCUGGAUUAAUUGGGCUCGGAUGGGAUGACAACUCAUCGUUCUUGAAACAGCUCGGUCCUCAAACGGAAGGUAUAUUCUCGUACUGUCUUCCUGUUGUUGUUUCAGGGAAAACGCCUAGUACUUAUCUUAGAUUUGGAGAUUAUGCAUCACACCUAAAAACCUACAAAAGCACACCGUUGUACAAUACGAAUAAAGACAGCUCCUACUAUGUGGAUCUCCAAGGCAUUAGCGUCAAUAAAACUAGGCUUACUAUCAACCCGAAAGUGUUUGCGUUCAAGAACAACACUAGAUUCGGUUGCAUGAUCGACACGGUCACACCGUAUUCGAGAAUCGUUUCGCCUGCAUUCGACGUAUUGAAACUCGCACUGGAGAAGUAUUUUUCCAAGUUUAAGGGCUUGAAGAAAAUCAAAGGCGAAUCGGGACUGGAGUUGUGCUACGAGAGGAGCAAGCCCGAGAAGUAUAAAAAUCUCCCCGAUGUUACUUUUCAUUUAUGGGGAAUGGAAGCCGACUUUGUUAUGAAGGCUGAGGCGGUUUUCGAGGUUGUGGGUCGAUCGAUUCCGAUCAGGCUUCGUGAAUAUUUUUGUUUGGCAAUGAUUCGGGAUAGUAAGGUGUCUGUUAUUGGAUCAUAUCAGCAAACAAAUCAUAGAAUGAUCCAUGAUACGAAAAAUAAGCGGCUCAUUUUUUAUCCGGUGGAUUGUUCUAAGAAUCCAUGAAGUGUUUUAGGCGGUCGUGUAGUUCGAUUUUCGUGGAACAAAUGUAUUUAUUCAGCGACCGUUCUUGUCCGAAAACAUUAGGAAAAUGAAAAAUGAUGCAGUUGUACAAGUUGAGCUCAUGAAAUAAGAUUUUGUGAGACUAAGUUUGUGAUUCAUAUGAUAA